CGGCGCGCCUCCGCCGGGGUCGUGGUUCGUCAGCGCUUCCGGCCGCGCCCGGGGCUGAGCGGGAGCGGCGGCCGGGAACGAACCGGGAACAAACCGGGAACGGGCCGGCAGCCGGAGAGAGGGAAGAUGGAGAGCAACCCCGUGCUGCUGGAAUCCAAAUCCUCCCCCAUCAACCUGCUGAACGAGAUGCAGCAGCUGCGGCUGCUGGGCCACCUGUGCGACGUCACCGUCAGCGUGGAGUACCAGGGCGUGCGCGCCGAGUUCCCGGCGCACAAGGCCGUGCUGGCCGCCACCAGCAAGUUCUUCAAGGAGGUUUUCCUCAACGAGAAGCCCGUGGACGGCCCCCGCAGCAACGUGUUCCUCAACGAGGUGCAGGUGGCGGAUUUCGCCUCCUUCCUGGAGUUCGUCUACACGGCGCGCGUGGAGGUGGAGGAGGACAGGGUGCAGCGCAUGCUGGAGAUCGCCGAGAAGCUCAAGUGCCUGGAUCUCUCCGAGACUUGCUUCCAGCUGAAGAAGCAGAUGCUGGAGUCCGUGCUGCUGGAGCUGCAGAGCUUCUCGGAGUCGCAGAAUUCCGAGGAGGAGAGCGCCGCCCGCCCCAGCGCCGUGCCCGCGGCGAAGGCCGAGCGGGACUCUACGGGUUGUCCCGUCGCCGCGCCCGGCCGCGGAGCGUCUCCCGAGGGGCCGGCCGCCAAGUCCAAGGAGAAGGUGGACAAAAAGAAGGAAGUGCUGAAGGCUCCUUACGCCAAGAUCCGCAGGGCCAGCGGGCGGCUGGCCGGCAGGAAGGUGUUCGUGGAGAUCCCGAAGAAAAAAUACACCCGGAGGCUGCGGGAGCAGCAGCAGAACGCCGAGGAGGAAAAGCAGCCCAAGGGCGAGGAGGGAGAGCGGGAGCAGGAGGAGAACUCCGGCAAACCCGAGGAGACCUCCCCGGACAACCUCCCCAAGGGCGAGGAGGACAGAAAGAAGCGUGGCGGCGCCUUCAAGUGCGGCACGUGCCAGAAGGAGUUCCUGUACGAGAAGAGCUUCCUGAAGCACAUCCAGCAGAGCCACGGCAUCGCCUCGGCGCUGGAGUUCCGCUGCGAGACGUGCGCGCAGACCUUCGCCAACCGCUGCAACCUGCGCAGCCACCAGCGGCACGUGCACAGCAGCGAGCGCCGCUUCCCCUGCGAGCUGUGCGCCAAGCGCUUCAAGAGGAAGAAGGACGUCAAGAGGCACGUGCUGCAGGUGCACGAGGGCGGCGGCCAGCGCCACCAGUGCCACCAGUGCGGCAAGGGGCUCAGCUCCAGGACGGCGCUGCGGCUGCACGAGAGGACGCACACGGGACACAAGCCCUACGGCUGCCCCGAGUGCCAGGCCAAGUUCUCCCAGCCCUCGGCGCUGAAAACGCACAUGAGGAUCCACACAGGGGAGAAGCCCUUUGUGUGUGAUGAGUGUGGGGCCCGCUUCACCCAGAACCACAUGCUCAUCUACCACAGGCGCUGCCACACAGGGGAAAGGCCUUUCAUGUGUGAAACCUGUGGGAAGAGCUUUGCCUCCAAGGAAUACUUGAAACACCACAACCGCAUCCACACGGGAUCCAAACCCUUCAAAUGUGAGGUUUGCUUCCGGACCUUUGCCCAGCGGAAUUCCCUGUACCAGCACAUCAAAGUCCACACAGGGGAGCGGCCGUACUGCUGCGACCAGUGUGGGAAGCAGUUCACGCAGCUGAACGCGCUGCAGCGGCACCACCGCAUCCACACCGGCGAGAAGCCCUUCAUGUGCAACGCCUGCGGCAGGACCUUCACCGACAAAUCCACGCUGCGCCGGCACACCUCGAUCCAUGAUAAAAACACCCCCUGGAAGUCCUUCCUCGUCAUCGUGGAAGGAGCCACAAAGAAUGACGAGGGGCACAAAACGGAGCUUCCCGAUGAGGAAUACGAAGCGUCCCCCAAAAUCCCAGAAAAGCUGCUGUCCUUCCCAGAGAACAGCCCCUACCAGAGCCUGGCAGCAGUCCCGGGAAGUGGGAAUUCCAGCACGGACUGUAAGGCCUCUGGAGCACAGGAGUCCCUGCUGGGAGAACUCACCGUGCUCCACACACAGACGGACUCUGGGCAGCCCCAGCUCCAUGCCCUGGUGAACAUGGAAUAAUUCGGGAUUGCCUCCUGCUCCUUAGGCUGCACCCCUUGUACAGUCCUUGGCCUGAGGGAGGCUGGUGGUGGGAAGCUGGGAAAGAGUGGAUUUCCAGCUUUCCUCUGGAAAUUCCUUCCCCAGCUCCACCUCCUGAUGGUCGGGCAGGGUGGCACCACACCAGGGAAUUUGUGGGAGUUGAUCCCCUCCGCAUUCAGGGGGCGGCUCAGGUACCUUGCUGGUGCAGGUUUGUUUUCCAGGGAAUUCAAUGCCACAUGGACAAUCAGGAGAACUGAUGUUUCUCUGUGACAUUUGCUGCAUUUUCCCCAGUGGAAUUUCAUCCAGGAGAAGUCUGGCUAAAUUUGCUUUUCAGGAAAUGUUGGUAUCCUCUGCUUUUGCCAAAGAUCCCAAAGAGUGGGAGCAGCUUUGGAGUUUCAUUCCAGGAGUUUGGAGUCUCUGAGCAGCAAAAAGGGGCAGGUGGCAGCCAAGUGCUACUUCCUUGAUUUUACAAUUGCAGGGAAACUGGAGCAGUCUGGCACUGGGAUCCUGUCAGUUCUCACCUUCCAGCUGCUCCAGCUCCCAUGGAAUUGGGCAAAUACGAGAACAAGACAUCUCCUAGAAGACUGUGAAAAGGAAGGGGCUCAGUUCAGAGGCUUUUCCUGCUCCAUUUUAGUGGAAUGGGAUUUGGGGGAUUUCCCCUGGCCAGGGAAGGAGCCUUGGAGUGUUGUUCCAGCUGGGCUGACUCCUGUUUUUUCGCAACAGCAGCUCGCUGUGCUACGGUUUGAUGCUUCAAACCUUGGGAUGGGCUUCCCAGUGUAAAAACCCACAGCUUUCCCCAUUCUUUUUCCCAUUUCUUUACCUGUUCCUGUAGUAUUCCCACAGCAAUUCCUCAGCUGAAGCUGUGAGCAGAACUUUGGGAAAGAUAAGCACAAUGCAGCCUGGUGAGAUCCAGCAAUAAAGACACCCCCCCACCUGUGGCACAGAGCUAUUUUUUGGGAUAAAGGGAUGGCGGAGGCGUUCUCAUGGAAUUCUAAGCUAGAAAAAAGGGAAUUUUUGUACCAGAGGACAUUUCCAAGAGGUUAUAUUUGAGAUAUUUAUUCCUGCUGGAGCUCAGUUAUUCCCAAUGGAAGGAAAGGGGUUGUAGAUAUAUUUAAGGGCUGAGCACUUGGAUCCGGAGACGGGGAAUGUUUUGUACUCUGCGAACAUACGGAAGUGAGUUACUUGUUUGAGCUGUUCCUAUUAAAAUAUGGAAUAUG